GACUUCUUGCGGUGCUCCUCCGCUUCUUGAACCGCAUCACCCCGCUGGCAGGCAGUACGAGCUCCCUCUACUCUGCAAACUUCCGCACUCAUUGUCAAAACUCCCAGAAAAUGGACCUGAUCGUAUCCUUGGUGUUUCUUGUCCUGCAUGUUGUAAACUGCAGCCCCGGGCCUUUAGUGGACGUGGUCGUGGAUCGGUACGACAUCCCGAAACUUUGUCCCCGGGAGGUGCAAACGGAGGAUUUCAUCCGGUAUCACUUUAACGGCAGCUUCCAUGAAGACGGGAAAAUAUUUGACUCCAGUUAUAAGCGAGGCAAAGCCUUCAUCAGUCAGGUCGGCCUCGGCAGACUCAUCACAGGGAUGGACCGGGGUCUUCAGGGCAUGUGUGUCAAUGAACGCAGGAAGGUCAUAGUCCCACCACACCUGGCCUAUGGAAGCAUAGGAACAGGUGGUGUUAUUCCUCCUGACGCUGUGUUGGUGUAUGAUGUCCUCCUACUGGACAUCUGGAACACUGAGGAUAAGGUGCAGAUCCGCACAAUCAGCAAGCCACCGAGCUGCAACCGCACCACCGUGGCAUCAGAUUUUUUGCGUUACCACUAUAACGGCACCCUGCUGAAUGGUGAAGCCUUCGACUCCAGUUACUCGAGGAAUAGAACCUAUGACACCUACUUGGGGAAGGACCACAUCAUCAAAGGCAUGGAAGAAGGUCUUCUGGGCAUGUGUGUUGGAGAGAGGCGGAUCGUCAUCGUCCCACCCUUCCUGGCAUAUGGAGAAAACGGAUACGGAACUCAGGUCCCUCCUCAGGCUACGCUGGUGUUUGAAGUGCUGAUGGUUGAUGUGUUCAACCCUAAAGAUGAUCUGAUCAUGGAGGUGAAACAUAUGCCUGAAAUCUGCACCCGCAAGACGGAGACCGGAGAUUACAUCCGCUACCACUACAACGGCACCUUCCAGGAUGGUACUCCCUUCGACACAAGCUACCAGCGAAAUACCACCUACAACACUUACAUUGGCAUGGGAUAUGUCAUUAGAGGGAUGGAUAAAGCUCUGCAUGGGUUGUGCAUAGGAGAGAAGAAGAGGAUUAUUGUGCCUCCUCACUUAGCGUAUGGUGAAGAUGGAGUUGGAGAACUCAUUCCUGGCUCUGCUGUGCUGGUCUUUGACAUCCACGUCAUUGAUUUCCACAACCCCAGAGAUCCAGUGGAGAUUAAAGUGACCCACAAGCCACAGGAAUGCAAAAUGACAAGCGCGGCCGAUGAUUUGAUUCAGUAUCGUUAUAAUUGCUCCUUGAUGGACGGCACCCUUCUGUACUCCUCGGAUCACUAUAGCUCACCUUCCACCACGACUCUUGGAGCAAACAACGUGAUCCUGGGUCUGGAGAAAGGUUUGAGUGGCAUGUGUGUUGGUGAGAGGAGAGAGGCGGUUGUUCCACCUCACUGGGGCCAUGGAGAAAAUGGAGCUGGAGAAGUCCCGCAAAGUGCGGUGCUCUUCUUUGAGCUGGAGUUGGUGGAUCUGCAGAAGGGUGUGCCAGAAGGCUAUGUGUUUCUGUGGCUGGAAGAUGACCCAGAUCCUCUCUUUCCUGCUAUGGAUCUUAAUGGUAACAAAGAGGUCCCUCUAGAGGAGUUUUCCACCUUCAUCAUGCUCCAGGUUAAAGAGGGCAAAGGUCGUCUUCGGCCAGGCGUCGAUGCCAACAGAAUUAUUAAGGAAAUGUUCGACAACCAGGACCGUAACAAAGACGGGAAGAUUGUAGAAGAUGAACUGAAAGUUAACGAUGAUGAGUCUGAACAAGCGGCACGAGAUGAGUUGUAAAGAG